AUGCCGGAAAUCUCCCCACGCAUUAUUGGUGGCAGUCUCGCUUCGGCCAAAGAAUUUCCCUGGUUCGCGGCGGCAAGCGGUCGCUUCUCGUGCGGCGCGUCGCUCAUACAUCCCCGCAUCUUGCUUACGGCAGCGCAUUGUGUGGGAGCCUUCCGGAGCGAUGGAGUCCACAUCGGGGCCUUUCGAAGGGGAUCGACCGUCCGGGGAGCCGUCUUUCGGAAAGUUAUCCGGGAAAUUCAGCAUCCCGACUUUCAAGAAACUUCCUUCUCCAACGAUUUCAUGUUGGUGAUCCUCGCUGACCCAGUGAAUGAUCGCGAUCCCGUUACGCUUAACACAAAUAUCAACGUGCCGGCAGACAACCAGGAGCUUACGGUCAUGGGCUUUGGCAGUACCCUUUACGGUGGUUCCGUCUCCAAGAAUUUGAACGAAGUAACUACCUUUGCGAUCAAUCACAACACUUGCCGAGACAUAUGGAGCACAAACUUUCCACGAGAUGUUCAACUCUGUACACUUAACCGGGGAAAGGGUGCCUGCCAAGGCGAUUCCGGGGGACCACUUGUACUCGCCAAUACGAAUAUCCAAGUUGGUAUAGUUAGUUUCGGCGCCGAGUGUGCGGAUACGAAACCCAGCUUUCCCGCUGUCGAAGCCCGUGUCAGCGGAGCCAUUGGAUGGAUUGCAGACACAAUCUGCGACGUCACCGGUGACUGCGACUACAUCAGCAACAUGAAUAACCGGCCACCGCCCACGCCCGGACCAGUCACCUUGCCCCCACAAUCAAAGACGGCCACUCUAGAUAUCGUCUUCCAGUACGAUGCUUAUCCCAAAGAAACCACUUGGAGCGUGCUCAGCGACGACCAACCGAUUUUUGUCGGCCCCAACUACGAACCCGGCUUGUACGAACGAUGGACAUCUACCUUCGACGAGGUACCCUACGGCGACUACGUCUUUCAAAUUGACGACAGCUGGGGCGACGGUUUGACAACGGGAGACUAUUUCGGCUCUGCUGAGCUUGUACAGGAUGGUGUCACCAUUGCCUACGUCAGUGGAUCGUUUGGGCUCAGGCAGACCGUCGACUUUGUGAUCGGGACCGAUCCACAACCUGCCAUUCCUCCUAGCCAACCCCCCACUAUGUCGCCGACACUGGCCCCUUCUUCAGCUCCAACUCAAUCAACCCGGAUCGACACAGGCACGAUAAACAUCCACUUCCAGUAUGACGGAUACCCCGACGAAACAUCCUGGGUAAUCCAGUCUUGGCCGUCGUACCAAAUUCUGUUCAGUGGUCCCGACUACCUACCAAGUAUCUAUCAAAAUUGGACAACCUCACUCGUGGAUAUACCAGUGGGUCGCUAUGCAAUGACUGUGUACGACUCAUGGGGCGACGGACUCAAGACAGGGAGCUUUUUUGGAUAUUACCGGAUCCUGCAAGUAAACGAUACAAAUGGGGAUGGCAAUACGAAAGAACUAGCCUACGGAGACGGUGUUUUUGGGUUUGCGUCUACCGUGCAAUUUGAAGUGAAUGCGCUUUAG